UCGCACCUGCAGUAGUCGCUUUGUUUUUUGGCAGUACGCUAAGAGCUCCUACCGAUGAGUGAGUUGUUACAUAUGCCGUUGACAGUUGGACGCUCGGGGUUAAGGUUUCUAUAGGGCGAAUAAAUGUUUAGCACUACAUUAUUGCUAAUUUGCAAGGAGCGGACGCAGGUUAAUUGUUGAACUAAAGGCUUGGGCGAGCACGGUGGAAUGGCGGAAAACUCAAGAACAGUCUUGAUCGCAGUCGACGAGUGUGAGCACAGCGAGAGAGCGUUUGAAUGGUACUUGAAUCAUAUUCAUCGAGAAGAGAACUCCCUGAUCGUGCUGUACUGUCACGAGAAGCUUGAUCCUCCAGCAUUGUUACAUUCAGCACAUUCAGAAGAAUGGAAACAAACUUUAAAAGAACACGACGAGAAAAAGGACAAGGUUAUCGAGAAGUACAAACACAAGUGCGAAGAGAGGAGGUUUAAGGCGAAAAUCAAGGUAGAGUUUGGAAAACCGGGCGAGACCAUUCACAGAAUAGCUGGUCAAGAGAAGGUGACUUGCAUUGUGAUGGGAGGCCGCGGGAUGUCAACACUGCGGCGCACAUUGUUAGGUGGAGUCAGUGAUUACGUCAUCAAGCACACUCAGAUCCCUGUUAUCUUUAUACCGGGUCUGCACUGAAUGACGGAGGCUUGGGAACAAAUUAUUCUGCUGCUUCAUGUAUCGUUGUCUUAUUCCCACCAGAAGGUGAAAUGCGUUAAAUUAGUGGAAAUGUACACUUUGUUGUAAUUUGAAUUUUACACUUUGAGGUAGAUUAAAAUGUUCACAGACAACGU